AUGACCCUGGUCUCAGGUGAUCCCAGUUGGUGGCCGUUCAUUAAUGCGAAUCGCAUUGGCAGCUAUUUUGCAGUUGCCGCCUCUGCUGGGUUGAUGUACGAUUGGGCGCUAACAUUCGUGCAAGAGGUUGAACUCAUCUGGAGGCAACGCUGGUCCCUGAUGACCGUUCUGUAUCUCAGUUUGCGCUAUGUCGGAAUAUUAUUUGUCGUCAUCAGCAUACUGUUCAUUAUGAUCGCUCGGUUACAUGCUAUGUACCAGCGAUCCAGAAAGGUGCUGAUACUUCUCGUUGUCGUCUUCCUGGCUGUCAACAUCACCGAUGGAGUGUCACUCGCAAUACGAAUGGGGCGUAUUUCAGGAGAGGAGCUCAUUCUCUCUGGCACCUAUGAGUGCAAUAUUCAUUUUCAUGGAAAUACUGUAGUUCUGUAUUCUAUGACUUGGAUACUCAACACUGUAUGGGAGGUCCUCGCACUGUGUCUUGCAGUCCGGAUUGCUGUAACACACUUCCGUGAACUGCGACGACAAUCAGUAGGAGGGAUCAUCGGGGACUGCUUCACGGUGUUAAUGAAAACUCAUGUUGUUUACUUUGCGAGCUUUCUUGCCGUUUCUUGCUUCGAGACGGGCUAUGCGCUUUCAACAUUCUCAGUGGACCUAUACUCCCUGGGAACUCAGCUUUAUCUUGGUUUUGCUCAAAUUUUCGUGGUCGUGCAGAUGUUUGUGCUGGGACCACGCCUGAUCCUUGGUGUUCGAGAAUAUAACGCCACGCUUGUGGCCGACUCCGAUGCAGCAACCGCUAUGACUUCAAUUGCUUUCCAGGAGCGCGUGGAAGUGUCAACUAGCCGCAGUGUGUAACACAACACAUGCCCGGCGCGAUUAACGCUCGUCGGAUACUCUAAUAAGGCGCAGGAGAAAAUGAUUUUGUUCGGCGUUUCGUCGUGGUACUUAUAGUAUAAGCUGUUUGGUGUUCCAAAGUAUAUUUGAAAUCUAAGGUACAUACGUACACAGACAGGAGAGUCACGCGAAUUGGUUCCGCGGGAUCAAAUGUUUC